GAUAUGAAGUUCCAACAUCAGUAUUAAUCAUAGUCAAGACCCAAUACUACUUAAAUGGUCACAUUAUCAUGAAAAAUAUUCUUAUAAUAUUCACAACUUUAAUUUUUUUUUCAUCUUUAACUGUUAGUCAAUUGUUUCACUCAAACUAUGGAGAGUAUCAGCAACAAGAAAUUCCUUUCAGAGAAAAUAGUUUUAUAGGUAAUAAACCAAUAUUACGUGAGUAUGAUUUUGUUGUCAUUGGAGCCGGUCCAGGAGGUUGUGUCGUUGCAAACCGUUUAUCCGAAGAGAAAAAUUGGAGAGUACUGUUAUUAGAAGCAGGGCAAGAUGAAUCUAUAUACACAGAUAUACCAGCGGCGCUACAAUUUUUAGAAAACACAGAUUACAAUUGGGGUUAUAUUGCUGAACCGGCAAAACAUGGUUGUUUUGGUUUCAAAGAUAAUCGUUGUCCGUGGCCAAAAGGAAAAGGCAUGGGAGGAUCAUCAAUAAUAAAUGCCAUGUUUUACACAAGAGGAAAAAAAGAAGAUUAUGAUACAAUUGCAGCACUAGGAAAUGAUGGUUGGGCUUAUAAUGAUGUAUUGCCAUUUUUUUUGAAAUCUGAAAACAAUUCUAUACCAGAAUAUCAAAACUCACCGUUCCAUUCACACAAAGGAAACCUACAUGUCGAACGAGUUAGAUAUCAUUCACCACGUGCCGAUAAAUUUAUAGAAGCUGGCGGAGAAUUAGGAUUAAGAAAAAAUAUUGACUUUACAGUUGAUCCGGAGCAUGGAGUAUCUCAUUUACAACUCACAACAUUGCUUGGACAUAGAGUAAGUGCAUCCAAAGCCUUUAUUCGGCCAGCCAAAAAUCGUCAAAAUCUUCAUGUGGCAAUACACAGCAGAGUAACAAGAAUACUCAUUGAUCAAAAAACUAAAAAAGCAAUCGGGGUGGAGUUUAUAAAAAAGGGAAAAAUAAGAACAGUAUAUUCGAAAAAAGAAGUAAUUUUAUCUGCUGGACCUAUCAAUUCACCACAGUUACUAAUGUUAUCAGGAAUUGGACCAAAAGAACACCUGAAACAUCACGGUAUACCAGUAAUCCAAGACUUACCAGUUGGAAAAACUUUACUUGAUCACUAUGGCACAUUGGCUAUCAAAUUUGAAGUUAAUCAAACAGAACCAGCGCUGACGCAAGAAACCAUUUCAGACAAGCAUUUAUUUGAAGAAUGGUACAAAUAUGGCCGAGGACCAUUAACAGCACCAGCAGGAGUGGAUGGCUUAGGUUAUGUAAGGGCGCCAUCCGGCAAAGGAAUUGAAUUGAUAUUUGGUGCUUUAUCAGAUGAACCAAAUAUGUUUUUCAUUGCUACUGUGUUGUUACAACCAGACGCCCGUGGAAGCGUAACUUUGAAAAGCAAAAACCCAUUGGAUCCGCCCAUUAUGUCCUAUGGUUACUAUGAAAACAAUACUACUGAUUUAGAAGACAAUGUUUUUGCACUUAAAUAUGCAGUGAAAUUAGUAGAAGAAACACAGGCAUUUAAAGAUAUCGCAGGUAAACUAAGCCCAAAACCGUACCCGAAAUGUGUACAUCUACCAUUUAGGUCGGACGAAUAUUGGGCUUGUCUAUCACAACACCAGACAAAUACCUGGCAUCAUCAAUGUAGUACAUGCAGGAUGGGGGAUGUUGUCAACAGCAAGUUACAAGUAAUCGGAAUUGAAGGUUUAAGAGUAGUGGAUUCUUCAAUACUUCCGCAUAUUCCGCACGCACAUACUUAUGCCCCAACUUUAAUGGUUGGUGAAAAAGGGGCAGAUAUGAUUCGAAGCUUUUGGUCAAAAUAAUUUAUUGGAAUAAAAUAUUUAUUUGCACUACAAAACAAUAAUUAUUUAUUAUGUUUAAUGUAAUUUUAUCCUUUAUUUAUUCUUUUAUAUAUUGUAUUCUGUGAGCAGUUGUACAUUUGUAGCUAUUUAACUAUCAUUUUUUUUUUAAAUAAUUAAUAUAGGCACAUUAAAAUCAUAUUA